AUGCGCCCAGACAACAUCGCCAAGACGGCGUUUCGGACUCAUCACGGUCACUUCAAGUUCCUGGUGAUGCCCUUUGGCCUCUCCAACGCUCCGGCGACCUUUCAGGCUCUGAUGAACGACGUCCUCCGGCCCUACUUACGUCGGUUUGUGCUCGUUUUCUUUGAUGACAUUCUUAUCUACAGCGCCUCAUGGGCGGAGCACCUCCAGCACGUCGCCAUCGUCUUCAACGAGCUUCGGGUGCACCAUCUUCAUCUUAAGCGCUCGAAGUGCUUGUUCGGGACGUCUUCAGUCGCCUACCUCGGCCACGUCAUCUCGGCUGACGGGGUUGCUAUGGAUGCCGACAAGGUGGCGGCCGUCGCAGCCUGGGACGCCGCACUCACCGCGGGCUCUUCGCGGUUUUCUGGGCCUCGCGGGAUACUACCGGAAGUUUAUCCGGGAGUUCGGCCUCAUCACGUCGCCACUCACGCGUUUGCUGCGCGCGACGCCUUCGCUUGGGACGACGAGGCGACGGCAGCAUUCGAGGCCCUCAAGGGGGCCCUCACGACGGGCCCCGUUCUUCAGAUGUCGUAUUUUGACUGCCCAUUCGUGGUGGACUGUGACGCCUCCGGUGCGGGGUUCAGCGUCGUGCUUCAUCAGGGUGAUGGCCCUCUCGCUUUCUUCAGCAGGCCUAUCGCUCCGUGCCAUCUUAAGCUUGCGGCGUAUGAGCGGGAGCUCAUUGGCUUGGUGCAGGCGGUGCGCCAUUGGCGGCCCUAUCUGUGGGGUCGGUCUUUCCGGAUUCGCAUGGACCACUACAACCUCAAGUUCUUGCUGGACCAGAGGCUCUCGACCGUGCCGCAGCACUAGUGGAUCAGCAAGCUCUUCGGUUUCGACUUCUCCGUCGAGUAUCGCCCGGGUCAUCUUAACACCGUGGCCGACGCCUUGUCGCGCCGCGACGCCGACCACGACACCACCAUCGGCGACUCCGAGGGGGCGGUGCUCUGCGCACGCUCCGGGCCGGCCUUCGGCCUCUUCACCGACAUUCGCCGGGCGACGACGACCGCGCCCGACGCACUUCUUCAGCAGCUAGCUGCGGGCGAGCUGGAGGAGCCUUGGCGCUUCACCGACGAAUUGCUCCUCCAUGGGCGCCGGGUCUUCGUGCCGGCGCAUGACGAUCUCUGUCACCAGGUGCUGCUGCUGGCCCACUCGGCGGGCCAUGAGGGUGUGCAGAAAAAUCUCCAUCGUCUCCGCGCCGACUUCUACAUCCCUGGUGAUCGGGCCCUGGUCCGUGACUGGGUUCGGUCUUGUGUGACGUGCCAGCACAACAAGAUGGAGACACUACGGCCGGCUGGUCAGCUCCAGCCCUUGGAGGUGCCAUCUCAAGUCUGGGCGGAUAUCUCCAUGGACUUCAUCGAGGGCCUCCCCAAGGUGGGCGGCAAAUCGGUCAUUCUCACGGUGGUCGACCGCUUCUCCAAGUAUGCUCACUUCAUUGCGCUCGGUCAUCCCUACACUGCUGCCUCCGUGGCCCAUGCCUUCUUUGACGGUAUCGUUCGUCUCCACGGGUUUCCCUCUUCGAUCGUCAGCGAUCGGGACCCGGUGUUCACCGGACAUGUCUCGCGCGAUCUCUUUCAGUUGGCGGGCGUGAAACUCCGCCUGAGCACGGCCUUCCAUCCUCAGACGGACGGCCAGUCCGGGGUUGUCAACAAGGUGAUUGCCAUGUAUUUGCGUUGUGUCCCAGGUGAUCGUCCUCGCGCUUGGGUGGACUGGCUCUCAUGGGCGGAGUACUGCUACAACACCUUCUAUCACUCCGCCCUGCGCGCCACUCCUUUUGAGGUGGUCUAUGGCCGGCCGCCACCACCCAUCAUUCCGGUUGAUCCGACGACGGCUCGGACAAAGGUAGCCGGUGAGCUUCUGCGGCGCCGCGACGACAUGUUGGCCGAAGUCCGGCAACGCCUCCUUCAGGCCCAGCAGCUGGCCAAGCACUACUACGAUGACCACCAUCGCGAGGCGGAGUUCGCGGUGGGCGAUUGGGUGUGGUUGCGUCUUCUUCACCGCUCUACGCAGUCACUGGACCCGCGCGCGAAGCGUAAGCUGGGCCCUCGUUACGCCGGGCCCUUUGCUGUCUUGGAGCGCAUCGGGAAGGUGGCUUACCGCCUUCAGCUUCCUGCCGGAGCCCGCAUCCACGACGUCUUCCAUGUGGGGCUGCUGAAGCCUUACCGUGGGGAGCCACCUGCGGCCCCUCCCGUGCUUCCUCCGACCUUCGACGGAUGCAUCCUUCUGGGACCGGAGAAGGUGUUGCAGGCCCAGCUCCGUCGCGGGGUGUGGUACGUGCUGAUUCGGUGGACUGGACUUCAGGCGGACGAGGCCACUUGGGAGCAGCGUGACGAGUUCCGCCAAUACUACCCAGACUUUCAGCUUGAGGACGAGCUGUUUGCGCAGGCGGGAAGAGAUGUUAUGACCGGGCAGACUUAUGGCCAUAGGAGGCCCACAGGGCAGGUUUAGUUAGGGGCUUGGCCCACAAGUUAUCUUAUUUUUUAGCAUCGUGGUUAUAUAUACUAGCUGUAAGACUAUUUUUGAGAUUAAGCAAUAAGAAGAAUUCUAUUGCCCGGCUCCCAGAGGAGCCGGACCCUAAACCCUAGCCGCCUCCCUCUCUCAGCCGCCGCCUCCCUCCUUCCAUCUCGCGACGGCGCCUGCGCGCCGGCCGCCGCGCCCACGCCCUCGUCAACCCCCGGCCUUCCCCUACAACCUAAGGAGCAGGAUCGGUAGGACCCUGGGUUCUACCAGUUGUCAAAUCUAAUGAAACGAGCUCACAUUUCUUAUCUUGAUUUGCAGCUUAAACGAACCCAAGAUAAGUUAACAAAACAUCACCUGAAAAUUAGUGAUGGAUUACCGGGUGACAAUACACAUGCACAAAGCACGCAAUCAUCAGACUGAGCCAUGCAAGAAGCCUGUUAAUUUGAUCAAAACAUGUCUGUUCAGGCUAGCUCCCUACAAGUAACAGUUUAUGGUGGACAAAACUAGAAAAGAAAAGUUGUAUCUAACAAGUAGAGAUGAUCUAUAUGUGUUGAACCAGUAUGGGCCCUAGCCCAUCUUGAUAUGUCUUUUGGGCCCAAGCCCAUGAGUGGAUCUGACCUAGAAGAGGUGCCCCUCCUCCUCUGUCCCGUGCAAGCCGCCACACACACAAACCAGAGACUCACGUGGAGAACAAGAAGAGUGAGCUCGAGCUGUCUGGAGGUACUCUCUCUCCCAAGUCAACAUGGUAUCAGAGGCCAUUGACGGUGGGGCCUGAGGAGACGACGGCGACGUCCGGCGAGGUGGCGGCGGAUCUGGGCAAUGUCCGGCGAGGUGGCGGCGGAUCUGGGCGACGUCCGGCGUGCUGGAGAGGACCGGCGGGGCUGCAGGCAGAGGCUGCCUGUGAGGAGCGUGUGGGCUGCUGCAGGCGCGCGCGUGCAAGGCACAACGGGGCUGCUACUGACGGCGGAGGGCCGGCUGCUGGGUGUGCUGCUGCUAAAUUUGCUGGGGUUUACUGCUGCAGCUGCUGUUUGCUGUUGGUCUGGGCUGAACGGCUGCUGCUGCUAGUGCUUGUUGGUCUGUGAGCUGAGGGGGAGAAAGUAGGAACUGCUGGUGUUGUGCAGCUGCUUGUCAGGGGAGAUACGAGCUGUGGUGUUGUUCUGUUGCGUUUGCUCUGGUGCUUGCUUGUGACUGUUGUUUGAGGAGUCUCUUCUGCUGCUGCUGGGAGUUGCGGCUGCUACUCCCGACCAAAGAUGGCUGAACCAAAUGCUCUUGCUGAGGCUUUAGAGAAGCUUGCUAAGAUCCUCGCAGAGUCCAACUCCAACUCUGGGGCCAUCGUUCCUCGACAGGAAGUGUCUCAGAAGCUCGAAAUGUCGCCUCUGGACAUGAAGCUAGAGGGGGCCACAAAUUAUUUGAGCUGGUCCAGGAGGGCUUUGUGGGCUGUUGAGCAAAAGGAGCUUCAUGGAUAUUUGUUGGGCACCAUUGCAGAACCAGGAGACAAGAGUAGUGCAGAGGGAAAAAGGUGGAAGGUUAUCAACUCUGUACUUAUGGUGUGGUUGUUGAACUCUGUCGUGCACUCCAUUGGACGCUCUGUGGAGGGGCUAUCCACGCCUACUGAGAUAUGGAAGAUUCUGUCCAUCCAGUACUCUGGCAAGGGCAAUGUCAUGCUCAUUGCUCAAAUUGAGGACAAAUUUAGGUUGUUGCGCCAAGAGGAUGGCAUGUCAGUGAUGGCAUGCGUCGCAGAACUGCAGGCUCUGUGGGCAGACCAGGAUAAUUGUGAUUCUCUAGAACUCUAUGAUGCAGCUUUAAUCGAGUCAGGGCACAAGUGGAUGGCACGCAGGCGUGUGCUGAAACUUUUGGCUGGCCUCAAAGGUUGCUUUGAUGGUAGGAAGGCUUCCCUGCUGCACCAACCUAGUCUACCUACCAUUGCUGAGGCUAUUGCAACAAUGACUCAAGAGGAGGUGCGCCUAUCUUUUGAGCAUGCAAACGUGAAGGUUGUCCCGGCUUCGACAUUUGCAGUCACUGAGCGCAUGGAGUGGGGAGAUCCCGCCAAAUGUCAUGUCGAUGGGGAGGUAGGUCACUGGAAGAGAGAAUGUCCAACUCGUGGCAGAGGCAGGGGAUAUAACAGAGGGGGGACAGGCAGAGGCAGAAGUGCUAGAGGCAGAGGUGGAUACUCAGAGACCUCGUGGGGUCAUACUUCUAGGGGCAGAGGUGGCUACUCAGGACACACAGGGGGUCAGAGAGCUCACAUGGCCGUUGCAGGAGACACUGGAACGUCCAAAGGCAAAGAUGUAGAUGAUGUUGUCUAUGGAGACUUUGCUCAUUGGGCCUCCACUGAUGAAGGUGCGACAGACGAGCCAGACGGUUGGGACUGGCACCAGGUGUAGAGGGCUCUGGUACAUGGACCAGGAGGUGCAGCCAGACUUGGUGUGUGCUGCGACCAUGGAGGACAAGGAGAAGCAGGCGAUGAUCCAUCACUGUAGGAUGGGGCAUGUGUCUUUUGAUAAGAUGAGUAGAAUAUUUUCGGAUGUUAUGUGUGGAAUAGGCAAGGGCAAGCUGACAUGUGAUGCUUGCGAAUAUGCAAAACACACACGAGCCUCAUAUGUGAGUAAGUGGCUCAGGAGCAUAUCUCCUUUUAUGCUUAUUCAUUCGGAUGUAUGGACUAGCCCUAUGGUGUCAAUGAAUGGGAAGAAGUAUUUUGCUACCUUUA